ACAUGCGUCUCCUUACGUUGUCGCCCCGUCUCUGCAAGAAGGGUGAGAAAUAUCUUACUGGGGGUCUCAGGCUCUACAGCGAGGCUUCUCAAAUGCAAGGUGCCCGGGUGUUUGUUUAAACGUAAGAGAAGGAAGCGGAUACCUCGAGCCACACGUCAUGCCUAAGAAGAAGUGUGCUGUGUGACCUUAUGGUUCCACCAUGACAAGAGUCGCUCUGACUAAACUCCUGAUCCUCGUGAUCCUCGCCUUCAUCAUCUGCCUGCCAGAAUUCUUCACAUUGGACAGAGUACCUAAAGUGAACUUCCUCUGCGUGCCCUACCGACCCUGUGAUCGAGGGAAGCGGCUGGAGGAGGGAGAAGAAGGGAAAAGUGGUGAUGCUGAAGCUAGGAGGAAGGACUGCGGCCCUACACCGACUGCAUCAAGUAACAAGUUGGAGCAGGACUGCACACAGGAGGAUGAAAGCAACGCAACGGAUCCCGAGUCGGACUCCGGGAGGGGCGGCGGAGACCCAGAGAAGAACUGGUUCAUGUGUAAAACAGAUGUGGACAUGGCAGAAUUACAUCGAAACAUGUCGUCUUCAGCUCUGGAAACAGACGUCGAGGUGUCGGUGAAGCUUCACCUCAGUGAUGCAGAGACCCUGAAUCUCACCCUUUAUGAAGGCAGCCAUCGCAGCUUCCUACACCUCCACCCACCUGAGGAGGAGGAGGAAGAGGAGGGGAGGGGCGGUCGAGGGCUGUGGACGGCGUUUUACUGUUGCCUCCCUGUCCCGCCCACCGCGGAGUCGGCCAAUCAAAGGCGCUGUCUCCUUUGGCUCGCCAACAGAACGGUUGUGACAGCAACCGUGCAAGAGAAGCUGCCAUGGAAACUCACCCGGAGAGAUGAGUGGAGCGGUGUGUUCAGGGCCCUCUGGCUGGCUCUGCUGUGUGUGAUGGUGCUGAUGCUAGUCACAAUCGUGCUCGGACAAAUCUACUGGAAAAUAGAAGGCUCCUGCAAAAGGCAUGCACCCCGCAACAUUCACCCUCUUGCUUACGCUGUCAAUGGCCAGCAGUUGAACGAUGCUGGGAGGCACAUGGAGAUGAUCCCUCCCAAAGGGAUGAUCUUUCACUCUUAUGGAUCCAGACCUGGAGCAGGUCUGUCCCCAAUUGAAGAAGUUCACACUCAAGAGGACAUAGAAACUCUGCUCGAUGAAAAUGAUGACCACUGCUGUACAGCAAAUUUGCAUCAUCGCAUGCACCCUUCCACCUCCGUCAUGUUGGAGCAGACCUGCUGACAGAGCACACAAAUGGACAUAAAAGUGCCCCAGAUGGAAAGAAGAAAAUAUUGCUUCAGUUAGUUCUGAACCUCAGUGGGUCUUUGUGCACUUUAUCAGUUUUCUGUUUAUUAAACUGUCCAAACCGAAAUAAACAACUUUCCUCCCAAAUAUUUCUCGUUAAAAAACGUUUUUUGUAUUUGAAGCAGAGGCUCGGCUGAUAAAUGGCCGUCUGGAUUUAGCUGCAAGAAGCCAAAACCCUACCAGCGUUUUUUCUUUGCAUAAUAUAUUUCUCUCCCGCAUCAAUAUAUCUCCAAAAAGAGAGGAGAAAGAGUAAGGGUAGCAGCAUACUCAGUUUCCUAAAGAGAUCUGCUGGCUGGAAGCUAAGAGCCAAUUCAACACUGAAUGUGAAAACCCAGAUGCACUGUGAGCUUCUCGGGAUUGCUGCUGGGACUCAACAUGUGAUCCAAGGAAAGGGAGGAAAUAGUCAUUUGGAAAAUGAAUGAGAUAACUUACCACUGGGGAGCAAGAAGGGGAUAAAUCAAAAACAGUAUUAAAAGCCUUUAUUCCGGAGGGAAAGAGGAAAGGAAAUGUUCUUGCUCAUGCCUUCUUCAAAGUGUUUGGGAUUAGGAUCCAACAUGCAUGACAACAGCAGGACAUGCCAUUUUGCUAUUAAAGACACCGUUCAACAUAAUGA